CUCUGCCUUCGAUCGGAAGGAAGGAAUAUCAGUGUCGCGGCUCGCGCACCUAAUUUGCAGAAAGCCGGAGCUGGCGAACAAAGAGGAAGAGCAGGAAUUAGCAUCACCAUUUCCUCUCAUUGACAGAAGUCAGAAAACGCCGUGGUCCAGUGCAAACCCCAAUGGCCUUAUCGACGCGGCAGAGGCGUCCAGAGCUGCCGUCGGCGGAGACAUCGCGGCCGGCCCAAUCACCAUCCUCCUCCUCGGAGCCGUACACGAAGGUCGACAAACCAGGGCGAUCCUCUCUCGCCGAUGAAGAGCAGUCGCUUGGAUGGUUUAUGCCCAUACUCGCUUUGGGACUGCUGCGCUACAUGAGCGCCACAUCCAACAUCAUCCAUGAUUGCGACGAGGUUUUCAACUACUGGGAGCCUCUCCAUUUUCUUCUCUACAAGUCCGGCUUCCAGACUUGGGAAUACAGCUCGCAGUUCGCUCUUAGAUCGUACUUAUACAUUAAUUUCCACGAACUAGUGGGUCUACCAGCUUCAUGGCUGUUUAGAGAUGAUAAAGUGAGAGUGUUCUAUGCAGUAAGACUGUUUCUUGGAGUUAUCUCUGUUAUAGCUGAUGCCACUCUAGUAGUGGCCCUUUCCCGGAGAUAUGGCAAGCGUCUUGCUUCUUAUGCACUUGCCAUGCUUUGCCUAACCAGUGGUUGUUUCUUUGCUAGCACAAGUUUCCUGCCGAGUUCCUUUUCAAUGUAUGCCAUGAGUCUCUCCUCUGGAUUGUUUCUUCUUGAGAAGCCUGCCAUGGCUGUUUCUGUAGCAGCUAUUGGUGUACUCCUUGGCUGGCCCUUUUCAAUGUUGGCUUUCCUGCCACUUGUGCUUUUUUCCUUGGCCAAGAGAUUCAAGCUGUCAUUUUUUGCUGGUGCAGUCACAUCUCUAACACUCGUUGUACUUUCUGUACUUGUUGACUACCGCUACUAUGGGAGGUGGACAUCGUCUGUUUUGAAUAUCUUGGUGUACAAUGUUGCAGGAGGUGGCGAGAGCCAUCUGUAUGGGACUGAAGGGCCUCUCUUUUACCUAAGGAAUGGAUUUAACAAUUUCAACAUUUCUAUGGUUCUUUCUUUGCUCUUCCUGGUUAUCUUGCCAAUUGUAAGGAGAAAGUAUGCUCCCGACCUACUGGUGGUGGUUUCACCUCUUUAUAUAUGGCUUGGUUUUAUGUCUUUGCAGCCACACAAAGAAGAAAGGUUCCUCUAUCCUGUCUAUCCUCUUGUUUGUGUUGCUGCUUCAAGUGUUAUCGAGAGCUUUCCUGAUCUUGUUAGAGAUAAGCACAAUCUGAAUGACAAUUCUAUUAUAGUUGUGAUAGCCAAAGUUAUUAGACCACUGGUUCUUAGUCUCAUACUAUGUGCUUCACAUGCUCGGACAUUUUCCUUGAUUAACGGGUAUGCUGCUCCUAUGGAGGUCUACAAGAUUUUAGAUCACUAUCAUGAUGCAGGAUCAGGAGCUGUUCUCUGUGUUGGAAGUGAAUGGCAUCGCUUCCCUUCAUCAUUUUUUGUGCCUGAUUAUGUGGGAGAAGUCCGAUGGAUUGAUGAUGGUUUUCGAGGUCUUCUUCCAUUACCAUUCAACUCAUCCCUCGGUGGCACAUCAGCAGCUCCUCCAUAUUUCAACAAUAAGAACAAGGCAUUGGCUCAGCAAUAUCUCAAUGAUAUCGAUGCCUGCACUUUCUUGGUAGAGCUGCAGCUUAAUCGUCCCUAUCCUUCUCGUGGUAGUGACUUGUCGAAGUGGGAGCCAAUUGCAGCAUUGCCAUAUCUGGACAGGGAGCUGUCUCCUCCAUUUUACCGUUCGUUCUUCGUCCCAUUCCUGUGGCAGGAAAAGAAUGUGUUUGGAAUGUACAAGUUGCUUAAAAGAGUACCCAAGCAACAAGAAGCUUAGUUUGCUUAGCCACGAGCACUUCGUUAUUAGUCCCAAAAUUUUGCAGUUUGUUCGAUUUCAACAGUCGGUCAUUGACCCUUCACUCUAAGAAACGUUAGCUGUUCCUAGUGUACUCCUCUUUUCUAGGUUUAUGUUUAUAUGCUAGGAGGAAGUUACAUCUUGUGGUUGUAACUCGUGCAUGAAUUACUGCGUAAAAUUCAUUCCAGUCGAAGGAAAGAACCGGGUCUUCGAACACAAAGUUGCCUGGAGAGAAUGCCCUGUUUGCUCAGUUCAAGGUUGAUGGAGAUUUAUCAUUAAAUGUAGUUCAGGCGACAAAUUGGCCAAAGUGAAUUUUAGAAAGUGUGUUUACUCUCAAUAGUUACCAUAAAUCGUUCACUGCAGCUCCAACCCCUUGGCUUCGACUCACAAAUUUCUGGACAUUUUACAGGACACAAUCAUUCUUUCAAUUAUUUUAAUAUCGUAAGCUCAGAGUGGUUUCACGUUAUAACAUACAACCCUUCCCAACAUUUAUGCUACUAACUGAUACAACAAAUUGCUAAUGAAAUCAACUCGUGUUCUGAUUAUGCAGAUAAUCUAUUUACACUGAAGCGUCUAAAUCUACGCCAUCUGCAGGACUUCCUGGCGCUUGAUCUCGAAAACCUUCUUAAGAGCAUCCUCUACCACCUG